AUGACGAUUAGAGAAACAAAGGUUACUAAAUCAGCCAUCUUACCAUUAUCCCAGUACCUCUUGGAUCCACAAACUCAAUUACGGCAAGCGAGGUUAUUAGCAACUUUGGCUCUAGGUGAUCUAUUCCAGAAUGAGGGUCUUGCUCGGACAGCUGAUGCAGUCGCAGCUUGUCGUGCUUUAGUGAAUGUGCUUGAAGACCAACCAACUGAAGAAAUGAAAGUUGUUGCCAUAUGCGCUCUGCAAAACCUUGUGAUGCACAGCCGAUCAAAUAAAAGAGCAGUUGCAGAGGCCGGUGGGGUUCGGGUUAUACUCGAUCUAAUUGGUUCAAGUGAUCCUGAAACAUCUGUUCAGGCUGCAAUGUUUAUUAAACUUCUCUUUUCAAAUCAUACUAUUCAAGAGUAUGCUUCUAGUGAAACAGUCAGAGCGAUAACUGCUGCUAUUGAAAAGGAUUUAUGGGCUACUGGAACUGUGAAUGAAGAGUAUCUUAAAGCCUUGAAUUCUCUAUUUAGCAAUUUCUCGCGACUGAGAGCAACUGAACCAGCAACACUUAGCAUCCCACAUCUGGUUACAUCCUUAAAGACUGGUUCAGAGGCUACUCAGGAAGCUGCCCUGGAUGCUCUUUUUCCGCUCAGGCAAGCUUGGUCAGCGUGCCCAACAGAAAUUUCUAGAGCUCAGUCCAUAGCAACCGCAGAUGCUAUUCCCUUGUUACAGUUUUUAAUCCAAUCUGGCCCACUUCGGUUUCAGGAGAAGGCAUAA